UUUCUCUUUGAAAACAAAAUCAGAAACUGUAUUUUUUUAAUGAGUUUUAUUUAUUUGCUUUAUUUUAUAAAAAAUAAAAUAUAGCUGUUAUAUUUUUUAGUAAUUUUGUAACAAUUUCCAAAUUUUUCCAAUUAACUAACAAAUUCAAUUAAAAAGUUUAAAAAAAGAUAACAAAAAUUCGAGGACCAAAUUCAACAAAUCUUCAUCAUAAGAAACACGUUUUAUUUAACAAAGCCAAAAUUAAGGGACGAAGAGUAGCUGAAAAUAAGAUCGAUUUUGUCAUAUAUGGCAAGCAGUCAAGAACCGUCAAUACAUGACGAUGACAACGAAGAUGAAUCCUCAGAACUUCAUGCUUGUAUCAGUGAAGAAGCCCUUAACGCCCUUAAUGAAAUGCGAAAAGGAAAUCUGAUGUGUGAUGCAGUUGUCAAUGUGAAUGAUGGAUCCUUUAAUGUACAUCGAGCCAUAUUAAGUUCCUGUAGUUCAUAUUUUAGAGCUUUAUUCACAAACUCAUUAUCAUUGGAAAAACAAAAUGUAUUCAUACCGGAUAUGCGUGCUGCCAUUAUGGAGGAAAUCAUAAAUUAUGCUUAUAUGCGAAAAUGUGAUAUUAAUCCUUUGAACGUUCAUGAGCUGCUAGCGCUGGCUGAUUAUGUUGGAAUGACAGGCUUAGUGAAGCAGUGUAAAAUAAUUCUCGCUCGAAUGUUAACGCCAAAGAAUUGUUUCGGAAUAAUGCGAUUUGCAAAUAGCUUUCGGUUUUGUGAUGAUCUUUAUAAGAAAGCUCGAACUUUCUUGUUGCGCCACUUUACGCAAGUUGCAGCUAGAAAUGAAGAUAUUUUAAAAAUCGGAUUAGAUGAUUUUCUCGAUAUCAUAACAGAUGACAUGUUGAAUACAAGAGAUGAAGAAUUGGUUUGGAAACUAUGCAUUAAAUGGAUUGACUAUGAUGUGAAUGACAGACAAAAACAUUUACCACAAUUAAUGCAAGGAGUUCGAUUGGGUUUGAUGACUCCGAAGUUUUUUAUGGAUGAAGUUAAGGACCAUCCAUAUGUUGUGAAAUGUGUCGAAGCCAGACCUCUAAUUUUGGAAACUCUCUCAUUUUUAUACGAGUUAGACAUGAUGAGACCAAAUGAUAAGGAGCUUGUCACACCAUUAAUCGCCAUUCCUCGAUUACCCCACGAAGUAAUGUUCGCCAUUGGUGGUUGGAAUGGAGGUACUUCAAAAUCAGCAAUCGAAACAUAUGACACUCGUGCUGAUCGAUGGGUUAAUAUUCCAACUGAAGAUCCAGCCGGACCAAGAGCAUAUCAUGGAACGGCUGUUUUAGGCUUUAAAAUCUAUUGCGUUGGUGGUUACAAUGGAGUCGAAUAUUUUAAUACGUGCCGGGUUUUUGAUGCAGUUAAGAAAACUUGGAAAGAGAUAGCUCCAAUGCAUAGCCGUCGUUGCUAUGUCAGCGUUGCUGUGCUAAAUGGACAAAUCUACGCAAUAGGAGGAUAUGAUGGAAUUAAUCGCUUGAAUACUGUUGAACGUUAUGAUCCCAAAUCGAAUCAAUGGUCCAUGAUAACGCCAAUGAAUAUGCAGAGAUCUGAUGCAAAUGCGUGUACAUUAGAUGGCAGAAUUUAUGCAACUGGAGGUUUCAAUGGACAAGAAUGUCUAUCGACUGCGGAAUUUUACGACCCAACAAACGAAUUAUGGACACCGAUUCCGAGUAUGAAUCAUCGUCGUUCAGGUGUGUCUAGUGUUGCGUAUCGCAAUCAUAUUUACGUAAUUGGAGGUUUUAAUGGAUUGGCUCGUUUAUCAACGGGCGAAAAGUAUGAUCCUGAAACAGAAACUUGGACGUUCAUACAGGAAAUGUCUCAUGCUCGAAGUAAUUUUGGCUUGGAAAUUAUUGAUGAUAUGAUUUUUGCAAUUGGAGGCUUUAAUGGUAUUGCCACAAUACCACAUACAGAAUGCUAUGUGGCUGAAACUGAUGAAUGGAUGGAAGCAACAAAUUUGAAUGUUGUUCGAUCGGCUUUGACUGCAAAUGCUGUUAGUGGUCUACCGAAUAUCCGAGAUUACAUUCAUCAGAAUAGAGAAUUAUUAAUGGAAGAUCGUCGCCAGAGAAUGUUUCCAAAUAUUGGUGCCAUAGCUAUUGCUGAUCAUUUUGAAAGUGCUGAUGAGGAAAUGUAUGUUGAAGGUUCAGAAUGAUGAGCUAAACCACAACGACAAGUCCUACAAAACUAUAAACCCAAAAUUUUUGUUGAAUUUUGACAAUCAAAAUUAUGACGCCUCGGCAUAACUUUUAAUAAAUUACAAAACCUUAAAUUUAUUUUGAUAACAUAUUUAAAUUCGAAAUAAAAAUAAUGA